AUGCCGCAGCCCAAUUCGAAGAGGGCACCAACUCCGGUGCGAACAGCGGCUCCCUUCGCUCCGCACGACGCGAUGGUCGCAUCGCAGCAAGGUCACAUAGAGAACCUAGUGCAGAAGACUCGGAAUUUGGAGCACACCAUCAAGAAGCUGAACGAUGAACUCAGUCUUGAACAAACUCGUGCCAAGGACACUGCCAAUGUCAUAAAACAACAAUGGCGAGCAGAGCAAAAGGAGUGGCACGUUGGUUGCGAUGCUUUACAGGCGUGCCAUAGGAUUGCUCAUCUUAGGACAGCAUGCGCUUUGGACGACGAACGAAUCGCAGUGCUCAAGGAGCGCGAAAUUGCACGGCGCGAGAAGCUUGCACAGGACCUUCAGGCAGAUCUCGACUCUCAAGUGGCUCAAACAGAGUAUUUGCUUAAAUCUCGGGAUCAACAGUACCAGAAGACUAUUCUCGACUUACGAACAAGAGACGCGACACUGUCGUCCGAGUUGAAGCUAAAGUCGGACGAAAUUGUAGCAGCUCAUAAGCAACGCGAAGAUGUCGAGGAUGAACUGCGCCGACUACGAGAAGCCCAAGCAGACGCAGACGCGGCUACAGUUACAAAUGUGUCCAAACUUUCCCGGAUAAUUGUGCAACGUGAUGGUCUACAAGCGAGGGUGACUCAACUAGAGCGGGAGCUUGAGGAUCACAAGGAUAAUAAUGCCAAGUUGCAACGUCAACUUGACAAUUGGCAGGGGUUGAAGAAAAGUGAUGAUGUAGACCUGGAGAUGUUGCGGAAGAAGAAUGUCGAGUUGGAGGUUCAAUUAAGAGAAGUGAAUGCGGUGAUCCAAGAACGUGAUAAAGUGCUCGAGAAGGAGAAAGGUCGCACCACUAAGCUUAAGGAAGUUCUCCAUGAGUGGAAGUCCGAAGCCGGGGAGCAGACAACGCUCCGGAAACAGGCUGAAGAUGAAGCUACAGAUGCGAAAAAGGCAGCAGAAAAACUUGAGCACGAGAUAUCAGAUCUGAAAGCUCAGCUAACUGCUGCGCUCAAAAUAUCCGCUGCUCCAAAGAGCAACACAACGUCUCCUCCUAUCCCUUUGGCAUCAGAGGAGGAGGCGGAUCAAACUCGCCCGAAACCCAAACCCAAACCCAAACCAGUCAAGCGCUCGAAGCCAGUUGACAGUGAUAUUGAGUUAAUUGAACCUUCCGCCAAAGCGAAAGGGAAACGGAAGGCAUCUCAGGAAGACAGUGCCGAUGAAAAACCUGCAUCAGAGAAACCAAAGCGUGCACGAGCAAAAAAGCCCGCUUCUGCGCCAAAUGAGAAGGCACCAAAGAAACGUACUCUUGAAUCCGAAAAGAGCCAAAAGAAAGCUGCCGAGUCGUCGCAAGCAAAGACAUCAAAAUCUGCUGCGAUUGCAGAUAGUGCUGCAGAAGACGACCAAGAUCCGGCACCUAAGAAGAAGAAACGGAAGCUCAAUGUAGGCAUCUUCCCUUCUAUGCAACAACAGCCUCUGGUGUUUCAGUGGGACCAGGGUGGAAUCGGCCUAGGAAUCCCUACCGAGCUGUCGCCUGUGAAAGAUGCGCCGCGACGAUUACAUCCAUCAAGCACAGGACCAAGUUUCACCAAAACUCGCGGAUGA